UAACUUGUUGCAAAAGUACAACAACUUGAUGGCGUGAAAUAACCGCUGUCUGUCCCAAUCAGUUUUAUAACAUUAGAAACUGAAAAGCCAAGGCAUGCCUUGUUGGCUUCUCCUAUAAUAAGUGCUUAAUUACGUGAACCACUCUAACAUUAUUUUCUGUUUCAUCAACCAACCAUGUCGUCUUCCAAAUGUUUGAAAAUUGGAAUUGUUGGGUUUGGUACAUUUGGUCAAUUUCUGGCAAAUACAAUGAUCAAACAAGGCCAUACUUUAACUGCAACUUCAAGAACAGAUUACUCUCAACUCUGUCUCCAAAUGGGUAUCCAUUUCUUUAAAGAUGUUACAGCAUUACUUGAGGCUGACAUGGAUGUCAUACUGUUAUGCACAUCUAUUUCGUCGCUGUCCGAGGUUGUCGGGUCAAUGCCACUCGCUUGUCUGAAACGUCCGACGCUUUUUGUUGAUGUUCUUUCGGUUAAAGAGCAUCCAAGGAACCUUCUUUUAAGAGUGGUGCCAGAGGAGUUAGACAUACUCUGCACACAUCCAAUGUUUGGACCAGUGAGUGGGAAAAAUGGAUGGCAAAAUCUGACUUUCAUGUAUGACAGAGUUCGAAUAAAGGAUGAAGCUACCUGUUCUAAAUUUCUCCAAAUUUUCGAAAGUGAGGGUUGCAAGAUGGUAGAAAUGUCAUGUGAGGAACAUGAUAGAGCAGCUGCAAAGAGCCAAUUUAUCACGCACACAAUAGGCAGGACAUUGGCUGAAAUGGAUAUUAAAUCUACACCUAUUGACACCAAGGGCUUUCAGGCACUUGUUCAGUUGAAAGAACCUGUCAUGGGAUGCAGUUUUGAUCUGUAUAGUGGAUUAUAUGUGUACAACAGAUUCGCCAGACAAGAGCUGGAAAACCUUGAACAUGCCCUACAUAAAGUCAAAGAGAUGCUGGUUCGAACGAUGGAUGAAGGACAGAACUCAGAAAGAACUGAAAGUUGAUGGAUACUAUGUUUUAUGAUGAAGACAUAUGGACAAACUAUUUAUUUCCAAUUACUUUUUCAGUUUUCUUGUUUCCGUAUCUAAGUUUGGCCACAAAACAGAAAGGAAUGGUAUAUGUUAAAUUACAUGUAAUAAAGAUGUAUGCAUUCUCUUUCAUUGCAUAUACAGUGUUGGAGUAACUUUAUAAUUUCCUUAUUCAUUUAUUUUCUAUAUUUAUUUCU